CGUGGAGGCAGAGACAGAGCUUUGAAGAGAAGAAGAAGAAGAAGAGGUCGCGUAGUCGCCAGAUCGUUCCGAUCUAUUGUAUAACCCCCCCUUUUAUCGCACGCGGAGUCGAGGCUUAGGCCCCAAAAAAUCGCCAAAAUUCUACACCAACAAGCUUUAAUCAGCCCCGAGAUUUCGCUCCAGUUCGCAACGGCGACCACAAUGCCCUACAACGGCGCCAGCAACGGAAGCGGAGGAGCCGGCGGCGGCGGAGGGGCCACCAUAGUCGUCAGCGAGGGGCCCCAAAACAAAAAGAUCCGCACCGGUGUCCAACAGCCCGGCGAGAAUGAUGUGCACAUGCAUGCUAGGUCCACACAACAACAGAACCAGCAGCAAGCACUUAUGAACAAGUCAAAUGACGACCUACGGAGAAAGCGUCCCGAGACUACACGGCCAAAUCACAUUCUACUCUUCACCAUCAUAAAUCCCUUCUAUCCCAUCACAGUUGAUGUCUUGCACAAAAUCUGUCAUCCACAUGGCCAAGUGCUGCGCAUUGUCAUCUUCAAAAAGAACGGCGUCCAGGCCAUGGUGGAGUUCGACAACCUCGAUGCGGCCACACGGGCGCGCGAGAAUCUGAAUGGAGCCGACAUCUAUGCCGGCUGCUGCACUUUGAAAAUUGAUUAUGCCAAGCCAGAGAAAUUGAAUGUGUACAAGAACGAGCCCGAUACCAGCUGGGACUAUACGCUGAGCACAGGUGAGAUUCUACCAAUUAAGGAUAUCGGAAAUGGUCGCUCGCCAUUACUGCAGGAGCCCCUAUACGAGCCACCGCUAUUGGGACCAGGCGCCGCCUUCCCGCCAUUCGGAGCCCCCGAAUAUCAUCCCACCACUCCGGACAACUGGAAGGGCGCCUCCAUCCAUCCCACUGGACUCAUGAAGGAGCCCACCGGCGUGGUGCCCGGACGCAAUGCUCCCGUCGCCUUCACACCUCAGGGACAGGCUCAGGGCGCUGUCAUGAUGGUCUAUGGCCUGGACCAUGAUACUUCGAACACGGAUAAGCUCUUCAAUUUGGUGUGCCUGUACGGCAACGUGGCCCGGAUCAAGUUCUUAAAGACCAAAGAGGGCACCGCCAUGGUCCAGAUGGGCGAUUCAGUGGCCGUUGAGCGUUGCGUACAGCACUUGAAUAACAUUCCCGUUGGCACUGGCGGCAAAAUACAGAUUGCUUUCUCCAAGCAAAACUUCCUAUCCGAGGUGAUCAACCCAUUCUUGCUGCCGGAUCACACACCCAGUUUCAAAGAGUAUACUGGCUCCAAAAACAAUCGUUUCCUAUCGCCGGCCCAGGCCAGCAAGAAUCGCAUUCAACCACCGAGCAAGAUCUUGCACUUCUUCAACACACCACCCGGUCUGACCGAGGACCAGUUGAUUGGAAUCUUCAACAUCAAGGAUGUGCCCGCCACAUCGGUGCGCCUGUUCCCCUUGAAGACCGAGCGCUCGUCGUCGGGACUGAUCGAGUUCCCCAACAUCUCGCAGGCGGUCCUGGCCAUCAUGAAGUGCAACCAUCUGCCUAUUGAGGGUAAAGGCACCAAAUUCCCAUUCAUCAUGAAGCUGUGCUUCUCCUCCUCGAAAAGCAUGAACGGAGCCUGGAACAAUGCCACCAACGAGGGCAUGAUCGAGAAGGAGAAUGAGGUCGACUCCAAGGUGGACAUCUACAAUUGAGAUUUGAUAACGAUUGUGUAAGCGAGGCCAACAACAACAGGCCCAUCAAGAACACACUACACAAUAACCAAUAACCAAGCAGAGGGCAUAAGACAACCAAAACUACAAAAACUACAAAAAUUAUACACGCGACAACACGCCAGUGCCAGCAGUAAAGGGGAAAAUGCUGUAGCAUCCAAAUGAUUGAUAAACUGAACACAGAACAAGAAAAAUCCAACCAGAAUACCACGGCGGCGCAAACGCAUGUACUUUUUUACGAGCCACUUACAUAGAACAACUGAACUCAUCUUCAAUGAUUCAGACACCCUUUAUCUGUCGUCCUAUGUAUGGUACGGACUCGUUAAAAAGCCAACACACUAUGCACACUAUAUAGAAUAUUACAGGACAUUACAUGCGUUUGCGUGGCGACUGGAAACACACAUGAAAAUGCUAAUGGGGCUACAAAAAAUGGAAGACGACGACUUUCUCACACAACAAAACGCAAGCCAGAAAGCACACUAACCAUUUUUUGUACUGCUUCCUGUUUUUCACACUUGAAUCCAUUUUAUCCAAUUGUAUAAUAUGUAACGUUUAAUUGGUAAAAAACAAAUUAAAAAACGAAACGACAUAAA